CUAUGAACGGGCGUUGAGCCUGAGCCUACCAGGACUCCCAGAUCAUUCGGCAUCCCUAAAUCGCCUUUCUGGUCUCUUCUGGGAGCGUUUUCAAAAACGUGGACACUUUCUGGAUCUACAGCGGGCUUUAGAAAUCUAUUCCGACGCCUUGGAACUAUGCCUGAUGGAACAUGCUGACAGCGCACAGCAGCUAAUGAUGAGCCAAGCUGUUGACCUGGUGAAGCGUUUUCAAAGCGAGGGCAACUUUUCGGACCUUCAGCGUGCCAUGGAGCUUCAUGAUAAUGCCCGACGCCAGUGUCCUGAUAAUGAUGCUCCAGAUCACCAGUCAGGGCGUCUCUAGGGCUUGUAUCCCCUAAUAAUCUGCGGAUUUCUUUUGCUGUUCAAUCAUGAUGUUAACCGAGCACUUCUGUUCUUAAGACUCAUCAUACUAGAUUUUCUUUUAGCAUACCCUAAUACUGUCAUAACCCGAGCAAAUCGUGCUUACCAGGUUUUAAACCAUAUGUCGAGAUGUACUAUACCAUUGUGUUUUUUGUUUUCAUUACCUUCGUCCUGCUUCCU